AGGGUGAUAUUGAUAAAUUAAAAGUCAGAGGGCAAAUUUGUGCUACUUCUUCGAAACUCAAGAAACGACGCCGUUUCUGUUGUAGGGUUAAGUGCUCUGUUCACUUGUCGUUCCCUCUCACUUGUAUUUUCCUCCUCUCCUUUAGAUUCCCAUUCUAAGGAAAAAAAACUCAACUUUGUCUUGUGCAAAAUCUUAAGAUCAGAGAUGGCGUCGUUUUGCAGAUCAGCGUUAAUGGCAGGUUCCAGAAACUUAGUAUCAAGAUCCAGAACCGUAACUCAAAAGUCCCUCAAUCUUAAACCCACAACUACUUCAUCUCCUUUCGCUUCAAUGUCCCAAUCCAUCCCUCGCGCUUCAAGGGUUCUCUCUGCUUUGGGAAGUGUUGAAACGAUGAUUCCACUUCACAGUGCCGUUGCUUCAGCUCGGCUCCGGUCAAGCAUCGCUGCUGAUUCCUCUUGUUGGAGCUUGCUUUCUCAGGAACUGGGAGUUCCUCGGUGACACGAUCAUUAGCAUUGGACCAUUGGUCUUGAUCUUGAAGCGUCCAUGGGUUGAUACUUGAUACUGUACUGUUUAAGACUACUUGAUGUGACCAGUUUUUGGACCGGUUUGCUCCGGUUUAGGACCAGAUUGUUUCCCAAUUUGGUUCAUGCUAUCUUGGUUCAGUUUUUUUGAGUAUGGAAGGGGAUAUAUACACAUCUCAGAUUAUUAAUCAUCAUAUUUUAAGCAUUCUAGUGAACACAUAAGAAUUA